ACCCCUGGGAUUAGACCCCUGCCCUUCCCGUCGCGGGGCCUCCUCAGGCUCCACUAUAGACUCUUGUCCCCUCAACAGCUGUCCCUCCGCCACCCCUCUGCCUUUCCUCAGGCCGCUCUACCAACGGCCUCCCCUCAGCUGCAGCCGCCUCAGAGGCCACCAUCUUGGCCGUCGACGCCCCAGCGCGAUCGCCGCCCACUGAGGUACCAGCUGUUGUCAUGUCCGCCUCAGGGGAUCGAGACGCGACCCCAGAGGGCCAGGAAGGCCCCGUGAGCCGGGCGGGAGCGUGGGCCGGAGCCGAUGACGGGGUGGGCGGCCACUCCGGCCCCCACUACGGCGGCGUCAUGGCGCCUGUGGUGGAGGCGGCCGGAGUCGCACGGUCCGCGGGAGGCCUCGGGGAGGAGGAGGGUGGCCAGGCGGCGGCCAUGGCCGUGGCCGGAGCCCCCGAGGUCCGCAUUGCCGAGGAAGAUUCAGACAUCGGGCCGGCGGAGGAGGAGGCAGAGGAGAAUGUGCCGCUGGUGGGCCUGGAUCGGGUGGUGGACGCCCGUCAUUUCCCCAUGGCGGGCUUUCGCUUCAUGUUCCUGGAUCUGGUCCACUCGCUUCUGCACCGCAUCUACUACAACCACCACAUCCUGACCCGGCCCCGCGGCCGCCACCUGCUGGUGGCACACCGGCGUCCGACGACCAACCGCGACGGCGGUGAUGGCGGGAGCGAGGACGUCCCGGUGGUGCUUCAGGUGCCCGAGAGGCCCCGCGCGAGGGUCGCGGCCCUGGAGGGCGAGGGCCUUGGCGAAGGCUUCGGCCAGGGCCCCGACGUCCUCCCGGCGGGCGCGGCAGGCGGAGGGCCCGAGCAGCCCGGGGAGCCGGCGGGCGGGGCCGCAGCGCAGGUAGAAGCAGCCCAGGAGAUCAUCGUGACGGCCCACGAAGUAACUAGAUAUCAGUAUGAAAACUGGGAAGACGAAGACACCAUAGAUUAUUUAGGGGGGGGAGAAAAAGAAGCAGCAGAAGAAAACGAGAAUGAAAACAAAGAAGAGGAAGGACCUCCAAUGGACGUGGACCCCGGAGAGGUGAAGCCUACAAAAUCCAGGUAUCUGUGUAUACCUUUGAGUAUCGCUCGGCUAUUCCUGGCAUUUACUUCUUACUGACAGUUUGUUUUUUAAUUCUUCCAGUAAAUUAAUUAAGAAAAAAGUUGUUCAAAUUAGUUAAAAAAAUUCAGUUUGACUUACUUAGGAUCCUACUGGAAUAUUCAUGUACCUAAUAAUAUCAAAAUGCAGUAUUUACUUCAUGGCUACUCAUUUGUUCUUGUGAUGUCGUUUGUCCUCUAGCUGUAAGACUAUUAACAAGUGGUAAAUGUAUAGACCUAGUACCUGAGACCAAUAUUUGUGUGGAAAACAGUUACCAGAAGCAGCAGCUAACAUGGCCUGGGCCAUGCACUAGUUGGGCCUUCAUUACUUGGCCACAGAAAUACAGUCUCCCGUACUAACUAAAAGACAACACGACGCCGUUUAGAAUGUGAUUACUUACAAAUAGCAAAAAGUUAGGAUUUUCAAGUAGGACCACAUUUAGUGAUGAGUACCUGAAUAUUUGUUUAGUUGUAGAUUUUUGUAUUUUAUGUGACAGGCAAAAGUAAAGAAACUUAGUCAUAGUAUGAUUGUUUAUCAAUUAAUUGAUAAUUAAGUCUUAAGGUAUAUCUUUGAGUCUGUUGAAAUGAUAAACUAAUGUUUUUUUUUUUCUUUUUUCUUUUCCUUUUUUCCCCAC